CCUGGAAUAUAUAGAAGGCCAAGUAUCAUUUCUAUGUCGGGUUCCUUUUCACAGCUUUUUUUUUCUUUUCAAAAUUAGCCAAAAUGGCAACAGUUGAUAUUCUGCAAUACUUCACUGAAUUAUAUCACUUCCUUGCUAGAGCUGAACAGCAUUCUAUCGAUAUAAAUAUUUUGGAACGAAGAUCAAUGUACAUUGAAGACCAUGUCACGAUGAUAAUGGCAUUCUUGAUAGCCUUAAACAAUUUUGCUAAUAUAAACGCAAACUAUAUUGAUGUGAUGCAUCUCUUGACCAACAUUUGUGAAAUUCUCAAAGACAUGCUAAAUGAUGUUACCAACCAAAUCGAAUUCUUUGACCGGAGUACACAUCCACAACGUAAUAAUAUGGCAGCUGGCGUGCAGGACUCAUCUUAUUCGGGACGACCAAGAUUUCAUAUACCAGGUUUUCAACUUAUGAAUCUGCGUGAUUUAGGAUUCAACUGGACAGCUAUAUCCCGAAUGCUUUGUGUUAAUAUUCGCACUUUGUUUAAUCAUAGAAGACAGCUAGGUUUACUGGACUAUGGCAGUUUUAGUUCUUUGUCCAACACUGAACUGGACAAUAUUAUUCUUAGAGUGCUUGCACUAACACCAAACGCUGGAGAAACAUACAUUGCGGGCAGUUUAAGAGGACGAGGUGUCAGAGUACAAAGGUGGAGAAUUCGUGAGCGGUUGCGAAUUUUGGAUCCUGUAGGAAGAGCAGUACGGAGGAGACGGGCGAUCAGAAGGAGAGUCUACAAUGUUCAUCUUCCCAAUCAACUUUGGCAUACAGAUACCAACCAUAAAUUAAAUGCCUGGGGCUUCGUGUUUCAUGGCUGUGUUGAUGGGUUUAGCAGGUGCAUAACCUACCUUAAAUGCUGCACCAACAGCAGAGCAUCAACGGCUCUUGAACUGUUCAAAGAUGCUGUUGCAGAGUUUGGACUUCCCAGCCGAGUUAGAGGAGAUGCAGGAAGUGAAAAUAUGGACAUUGCACGUUUUAUGAUUGCAAACCGUGGGUUAAACAGAGGAAGUUUCAUGGUUGGACCUAGUGUUCAUAACCAGCGUAUCGAAAGGCUCUGGGCCGAGGUCAACAGAGUGGUCUCAGUCUAUUUCAAGGACCUUUUCUUGUUCAUGGAGAGCUUUGGAAUUUUGGAUGAAAAUAACCCCCUCCAUAUUAUGGUCCUACAGUAUGUUUACCUACCAAGGAUCAACAGAGCCUUAGACGAAUUUAUUCUGCAGUGGAACAAUCAUUGCAUACGCACAGCAGAAGGCCGGUCACCAUUACAGCUGUGGACCACUAGCAUGGCACAGAUUCCAAGGCCUCCACCACCAAGAGUAGCACAGUCAAACAGUGACAUACAUCUCAAUCCCUUGACUGAUGACGGCAAUCACGGGAUACAAAUUUUUCUGGCAGCCUGCAAUGCUUUUGGGAGCCUUGAGCCAUUAUAA